CAUGCACCUUGCGCUUCUGCUGACGCUGGGUUUCGGGUUCGCGUUUGCAUGCCAGCUUCCGAGCGAGUGGCGACCCCUGAGCGAGGGUUGUCGGGCUGAACUCGCCGAGAUUAUCGUGUACGCCAAGGUGCUGGCCAUCCACGAGGAGCCGUACGCGUCCAGUCUAUAUAACUAUCUGCCGUACCAGAAGCACGAGCGCGCCGAAGACGCGCUGCUGUACGCGGCGGAGGUGGAGUUGCUAUGCGACCAGGCGUGGGGCAGCAUGCUGGAGGUGCCCGCGGGUUCACGCCUCAACCUCACGGGACUCGGAUACUUCAGCUGUCAGUCACACACGGUGAUGGAAAACAACUCCUACAUAUUCUUUCUCAGGAUGGACGAAAACUACAACAUCCUCCCGCAUGGAGUUAACUUCCAGGAUGCCAUAUUCCCCGACACGCUGGAGAACAGACGCCUGUUUUCCAGCCUCUUCCAGUUCUCAAACUGCUCUGGUGGACAGACAAUGCACAACUUUAAUAGCGAUUGGGAGAGCCAGGAAGACAGCAGGCUGCUGUGUUCCUCCAUGCAGAAGGUUUUGUUUGAGGAGGAGGAGCGGGUCGGACAGCUUGAGGAGCGUGUGGCCGAGCUGGAGAGGAAGAACCAACAAUUAAAAGAACGAGUGGGAAAACUGAGGCAUUCUCUGAGGAAAACCCGGAAGGUGCUGCGCCGUGCCGAGCGGGAACGCCAGGAGUUUCAUGAGCGUCUUAAGACGGCGGAGAGACAUGCAGGACAUCACCUCAAUGCCAUUCCACCCCAACACAGCCCUUCACAACACAGAUACACACAUGGACUGUGAGCU